AUGAUCUUCGUGCGUGGAAUCGCAGUUCUCCUGACUUUGGGUAUCGUGGGUGAUGCUAAGACGACGCAGCCAAGUUCAAUGGAAAGUACUGAAGAAGAAACUGUACACUUGCCGUGUAGCCACUCUACCAUCAGUGGGAACGAGUAUAUUUAUUGGUACCGACAGGCUCCUCUUCGGGGUCCAGAAUACGUCAUUCACGGUCUACAACAAAAUACAAGCAAUAGAAUGGCCUUUCUGGCUAUUCCCUCUGACAGAAAGUCAAGUACCUUGAUCCUGCCUCAUGUCAGCCUGAGAGAUGCUGCUGUGUACCACUGUAUCCUGAGAGUAGCACGCUGUGACAGACCGGGCUGCACCUGUGCAAUAUCUCCCUGA